GGCAUUUGGGUUCUUCGCUGCAACAGACGAGGAAUCGUUAUCAAGGGCGGAAGUGGACGAUCCGGAGGUUUGACUUUCGGUGGAGUCCGGGAGAAGUUUGUGGGUCGUGAAUUUCAGUAGGUGGGAUGAGCACGGCGCAGCCUUGCGCGGGAGGAGUUAACCAGCCGGGGGAUCAGUUCAAAAGUUUGGCAGCGAGUUGGGAAUAGUUGAGGGAGGAGGGUUUCUGGGAAGCGGUUAAAUUUGCCAGAGGAACGGAUUUAGAGCAGCGGCAGGCCUGGGGGAAGCGGUCUCCCCCGGCGAAUAGGCUGGCUGUUCUAAGGCUUCGGCGGAUCGGAGGAUGUGGCGACUGAGCGGAAUGGGAGGCUCGGGUUGAGUGGGUCGGGGAGCCGGGCAGCUUGUUUCCUUCUCCUGCACGAGAAAGGCCGUGGGGACCAGCAGCGUGAGGUCUAAGGGAUCCAAGCAAGGCAGUGGCCCGGCACCUAGAAAUGCCAGGAGAGGCCUAGGGAGCGCGAGCCAAAAGGCGGGCGCCCAGGAUUGCCUGCCUUCCGCGCGCGUGAGCGAAGGAGGGAAUCAGCGGCCGGCAGGCAGGGAGGCUCUGGGGCGGCGCCGCAGCUUGUGGACGGGACCGGGGCUUGGCCAGCAGCCUCAGCCGGAGGAGGCCACAAGGGGCUUCAUCCCCGCGCCGGGGGGGCGCUCGGAGUUGCCUCGCUUGCCCCCCCACCCCCAUGUCUCUGCCUGUGGUGCUGCCGGGCUCCUGCUGUCCCAUGGCCCGGCUCUCGGCGGUCUCCGAGGUGGCCAGAUCUUGCUCAGCGGGAGCUGUUGCUGCCGUCGCCCCAAACCCGCCUCCGCCACCCUUGCCACCUCCUCGCCGGCCCCGCUGGUCCCACUCCGGGUUGCGGCAACACCGGCCUCGCCCAGCCGCGCUAACCCCCGCGGCUUCCCGUCGCAGCGGGGCUUCCUCCACUGCCGGCCAGGGCCUGCUGCCGGCCAGACCUCUGCUGUCCCUAGGGCUGCUGCAGUUGAUUUUGGGGUGCUGCAUGGUGGCCCUAAGCGUUGGGGCGCUCUCCCUCAGCAACUCCCCGCGGGUGAAGAAUUCCUGUCCUUUCUGGGCUGGCUCCUCGGUAAUUUUAUCAGGAAUUAUAGGAUUAACAAUAUGGAAGAGACCCAUGAUACUUUUGGUUAAUUUGUUUGUUUUGCUUUCUGUUAUUUGUGUUCUCUUGAACCUGGCGGGAUUUAUUCUUGGAUGCCAAGGUGCUCAAUUUGUGUCCAGUGUUCCUAGAUGUGAUUUGGUUGAUGUUGCUGAAAAUAAAAUUUGUUUCUGCUGUGAAGAAUUUCUGCCAGCAAAAUGCACCGAGAAAGAAAAUGCUUUACAGUUGUAUGCAAUCCAGUCAUGCAGUUCAGUUCACCUUCUACUCAAAAAAGUUCUCUUUGCUCUCUGUGCUCUGAAUGCCUUGACAACCACUGUUUGUUUAGUAGCUGCUGCCCUACGUUACCUGCAGAUAUUUGCAACACGAAGAUCCUGCAUAGAAGAACCUCAAGUUCAUACAGAGGAAGUUGAAGAAGAUGGUCAUGCUUCUGAUCCUGAUGAUUUUGUGCCGCCAGCCCCACCUCCGUCAUAUUUUGAUACAUUCUAUUCUUCUACACGAGGGAAUCACAGGAUGCUGGGUCCUGAUGUCAUUCCAUUACCACACAUUUACGGAGCCCGAAUUAAAGAUGUUGAGGUUUUCUGCCCUCUUGACCUCCCACCUCCUUAUGAGGCUGUGGUGAGCCAGAUGAGACGUGAGCAGGAGGAUGCAGUUUCAAAUUCAGCUAUUGCAGAAGCUGUAAAUGACCCACCUGGCCAAAAUGAUACACAGGUAUCACAAGGAGAUGAAAGUUCUCUUAAUUCUAUGAGUAGAGAGACUGCCUUGCAUCCAGAUGCCAGCUUGGUACCUGUGGGCACCUUUCAGCUAUUCAGAAAACGAUCAAAAAGUUACCCUGUUCUGCAGGGCUUUCCAUCCAGAGAUCCAGUGCUAAGUUGCGAAGCUGCCACUCAAACAGACCGAAAACCACAGCUGGCUACUGUCAUUUUGCGAAAAAGUCUGAGAGCAAAGGCUCUGCGCUCAAGGCCUCAGUCUUUGAUAGACUACAAAUCGUAUAUAGAUACUAAGCUGCUUGUGGCAAAAUUCUUGGAGCAAUCCUCCUGCAACAUGACUCCUGACAUCCAUGAACUUGUAGAAGACAUAAAAUCUGUUUUAAAAUCAGAUGAAGAGCACAUGGAGGAAGCCAUCACCAGUGCUGGUUUCCUUGAGCAGAUCAUGACUCCUGCUCACCCAUCUGGAGCUGAAGUGCACACACUGCCUUUCAGAAGGCAUCCGGGACUUUUGCAUUUGGCAAGCUGUGGAGAUGUAAGUACUUUUACUGCCGCAAGGACCCGGGUGCUGGACCAGAGAACCCAAAGGAUGGAACCUGAACGGCCUCAUAGCCUCAUUGGAGUCGUACGAGAAACGGUGCUCUGAACUCUUGCUUUGAGGUCCCCUGUGGGAUUCAAGGACUGGAGCAGGAAAACAAUCUGGUGGAGGAAUCCUUAAUCUGUGUUAGACGCUUACUGUACUGCUGCUUUUGAAAGAGCAUUUGAGGAAAAUUCUGGAGUAAAUUACUUCUAAGAAAACCACGGUGCAUUAUAAAUACAGCUCUGAAUCAGAAAAAGGGAUAUUCAGGUAUAGUUAGGAUAUUUGAGGAGCAGCUCUGUAUCUUGGGAUAUAAGAAAGAUGAGUAUUGUUUUUGAAAGCAUUUCAUUGUUUCUACAUAAACUUUGAGUGUUUUUGUCUCUAGUAUGUGUGGGUUUCAUUUUAAUUUCUUUUAUAUCUCAAAGGGUAUAUAAGGUAGAGAUAAAUCUAUAUCAAACCUAGGUAUGUACUGUCAUUCAUCCCUUUCCUUUUGGAUAAUGUUCUUUAUCAUGUUAAAUGAAAGAAAAAGUAUAGAGAAAUCUUACAAAAUGAUCUUGAGCUGUGGGGUGCACAAAGCUAUCACUUUACUUAAGGUGCGGCAUGAACAUUCAGCUCUUUUUGUAUCACUUUAAGUGCAAAAGUGCUUAAGAGUAGUAGGUCAGUCAGGUGUUCUGCUGCUCCAAGCCCAUAAACUACUUUAUUAAUCCCAUUCUUUCAAGAUUAUAAAUUCAGUGCAAUGAUACAAUUUUUGCAAGGUAGCUUUAUUGCAAACAUGCAGUUUUUCACCUUCCUGCUUGAUGACACUUUGAUGAGGUGAGAAUGAGCAGUCUUGUACCAAUUUGGAGAGCCGUGCAGGCUUCAAAAAUGAUUCAGACUGCAAGGAAGUGGGAAAGCAGUACAGAUGCUAUUUAUUUAUGCAGCCUGAAAAUAAAAUGCCAUUGCUUUAAAAAGUUGACUCAUAAUCAUUAACCUAUUAAAGAGGUGGCAUCUUUUUUCAGGAUCCCAUAGAAGCCUGAAAAAAAAUGGAUCAUUUUAAUAAAUAUUUAAAGAUGCUGUCCUUGGGCAAGGACUGAAGCCCUUCCUGUGAAUCGUUUUCAAAGUGUGUGUUUGCUGUCUAAAUGUUUUAUGGGAAUGAUUUGGAUUAAUCUGUUUAAAACAUACAGAUUAUAAAUGUAUUUCCAGUGAUUUUUUGUUCAUAAUUUGGUUUCAAUCAUUAUCAGCAAUCCAGAUGAGCAAAGAGAGGCUUUUCUCUCUCCCUAAACCUUCACUGACUUAAAAUACAUACUGUACAUUUCAAAACACUUGUCUGUAAUGGAUGAAACUGAUAGGUGGUAGAAGCUAUGACACAAAUUUUCAAGGUUUUUACUUUCAACUUCCUGAAUAAUAAUAAUCCAACUCUUCUCUUAUUCAGAGUUUAUGUCUUGGUUCAGAAAAUUGCAGCCCAAGAUUAAUGAGCUGUAUUUAAUUUUGAUUAAAAAUAUAAAUGAAAUAAAAUUAGUUUUUUUUUCUUGGCACCAUGUAUUAACUAUUCAAAUUUGUUCCCUAAGUGUCAUUCAGCAGCUAAAACCUUAACAAGUGGCCCAGACCUCUUUGAAUUAGUCUCAUUGAACUUGAUAUAUCCAUUUGAAGCAUGAUUUAGUAAAACAAUGUUUUCCAGUUGGCUAACACAGGGAAACCAUGGCUGUAAUUUUUUGGUGAGGGUUGAAUGAAAAUUAAUGCCUUGAUUUCCAUGAUUUUAAAUAGGGAUACUUUAAUAAAUGAAACAGAAAAAUAAUCCUUGAAA